AUGACCACGAAUCGAGUCAAGGAACGAAAGGUCACAGCUUACAAAGUGGAAGCGACGAACUUUAUGCAUGCGAUUUGCGUGUGUUCGGCCAUAAUGGCUGGGAUAUUGUCAUUACUGGCCAUGAUCGCCAAUGGUGUGCUACUUUAUGUCAUGUACAAGGAUCCAUUGCGUUGCUUUCGCAAACCCAUUUCAGUUCUUAUCGCUGCACUGGCCGCAAACGAUUUGUUGACAGGAUCUGUUAUAAGCGGUCUUCAUAUACGCAACGAAAUAUCGUGCAAAAUUCGUGAGGAUGAAGCGACGAUUGGCACGAGUUUUGAAAGUAUCAUCAGUCUCUUUGCCAUAAACAACGGCACGUUUCUUAUCAUGAGCUUGUCCGUGGAACGUUUGAUCGCCGUGGCCUUACCGUUUUACUACCGUGCGACGGCGAGCGGUAGAAAAACGCUGGCAUGUGCAGUUUGCGUUGUGGCGUAUUCCGUGGGUUUUUGUUUGCUACAAUUCACUGGAAUUCCGCAGGGAAUUUACGACAUGUUGCAAGUUCAUUUGAAUUUGACUUUUCCACUCGUCGCUGUACUUAUUUUUAAUUUCGUAUUGCUAAAAGUUCUACGCGGGUACAGACGGUCCAGACGGCGCGCUUGCUGCAUGAACUCUGACGCUAGCGACAACACCGUCUCGGCAAACGAGAAAAGAUUCGAUAUCGAUAAACAGUUCGCAUUUACAGCCAUUCUUAUAGUUCUGUUCCUCUUUAUUUCGCAUUUGCCAUUUUAUGCUAUUACUCUUCUUGAGGUACAUUGUUCUUAUUGUGCUGGGAUGUGGCUGGUUUCGUGUCGGCGAAUCUCGCUACCAUUUCUCUUCAUCAACGCCGCUUGUAAUCCAUUUACCUACACAUUUCGCAUUCGCGAAUGCCGUCGAUCUCUAAAACUCCUCUUUUUUAAAUGGCAAGAAACAAUUGAGGUUUCUCCGAGAGCCCCAGUGACACCAGACUCCACAAGGAGUCCAAUCGCUCUGCGAAAAAUGUCACAG